AGGCGAAAGCAACAACAAUCAAAGAAGCCUUAGCCAGAUGGGAAGAGAAAACUGGUCAGAGGCCAUCUGAAGCCAAAGAGAUAAAGCUUUACGCCCAGAUUCCCCCAAUAGAGAAGAUGGACACAUCUUUGUCCAUGCUUGCUAACUGCGAGAAACUUUCACUGUCUACAAACUGCAUUGAAAAAAUCGCCAACUUGAAUGGCUUAAAAAACUUGAGGAUAUUGUCUUUAGGAAGAAACAACAUAAAGAACUUAAAUGGACUGGAAGCAGUUGGGGACACAUUAGAGGAACUCUGGAUCUCCUACAAUUUUAUCGAGAAAUUGAAAGGAAUCCAUGUAAUGAAGAAAUUGAAGAUUCUCUAUAUGUCUAAUAACCUGGUAAAAGACUGGGCUGAAUUUGUGAAGCUGGCAGAACUGCCAUCCUUGGAAGACCUGGUUUUUGUAGGCAAUCCCUUGGAAGAGAAACAUACUGCAGAGGGCAACUGGAUUGAUGAGGCAACCAAGAGAGUGCCCAAACUGAAAAAGCUGGAUGGCACUCCUGUGAUCAAAGAGGAUGAAGAAGAUGAAAAUUAAGGCCAUAUUUUCCACUUUGUGUUAAUUUAUUUAAAUGUCAUGGGAACAAUAGAUAAGCUUUGUAUAACUAUCUACUUUAAAGAUUCUGUGUGGAACAAAAGGUUCUUUAAAAAAAAAAAAUCCCUUACUUCCAUCUUUUUUAACUUACUCGAUGUUUCUCCCCCAAACCAGUAAUAUCCACUUAGUUCUCUUCAUUUGACACUACAGAUUUUCCAGUUACGAACUGUGUGGCCCCAUCCACUGAAAGUUAUAGACCGGUUAUUUUUAAUAGCAAGGGAACAAAUGUUCUUUAUUCGGUUUGUUUAGUAUUUUUUAGGCCAGUCAUUUAAAAGAUACAUUUCAAAUCUAUAGAAGGUCCAUCUCCUUAUGCCUCAGAAGCACAAAUGUGUCAUGCCUUUGGUUAAGGGGGGGAAGCCAGUUUGUAAACUGAAGAAUCACUCCCAAGGUGAUGGGAAGAGGUCCUCUUAGAAAUACAGCAGAAGCCCUAGAAUCAAGCUUGCAAAAUCCAACUGAGUACUCUAUGGUGAAAAAAGGAAGAAUUAAUAUCUUG